GCACCGUGAGCUGCCGGGACCCGGCGCGGGAUGGAGCUGGGCCGGCUGGAGUACCUGCAGGCCCUGGUCACCGAGUUCCAGGCGACGGAGAGCGCAGAGGCCAAGGAGCAGGUGCUGGCCAACCUGGCCAACUUCGCCUACGACCCUCGCAACUACGAGCACCUGCGGCGGCUCCAGGUCCUGGACCUGUUCCUCGACAUGCUCGGCGAGAGCAGCGACACCCUCGUGGAGUUCGCCAUGGGGGGUCUGUGUAACCUGUGCCUGGAUAAAACGAACAAAGACUACAUCCUGGAGGCGAACGGGGUAGAGCCCAUCAUCAACUGCCUCUCCAGUGCCAACGAGGAGACCGUCAUGUCGGCGGUCACGACGCUCAUGUACCUGACGACACCGCAGUCGCGGCAGCAGACCACGGCGCUGCCCGUGGUGGAGUGCAUGCUCCGCUUCUCCCUCUCGGCCAGCAGAAGGCUGAGCAACCUGGCCACCGUGUUCCUGCAGGAUUACUGCACCCCUCUGCAGGUGGAGGAGGCCCGGAGCCUGAGCAAACACACUGCCGUGGGCAUUCCUCUCCCCAAGGACUGAUCCUGUGUAGGCAGGACAGUGCAGAUCAUAGCAUCAGCCAGGCUGGAAGAGACCUUUCAGCUCAGCCAGUCUACCCAUUCCCCAGCACUGCCCAGGCCACCACUAACCCAUGGCCCUGAGGGCUUCGUCUGCAUGGUUUUUUGAGGGUGAUUCCACCACUUUC